AUGUUCGCAGCUUCUGUCCGCAUUGGUGACAUAGAGGUGACAGGUUUCCUCAUCGUACGAAAAGGAAUUAAAGCAGGAAACCACGUUUUUCGAGCUUCUUCUCAAGCAUACCUGUUCAAAAUUCUACAAACUCAGCUUUCCCCAGCCAGAAAGCAUUUUUCUGAUAAAGUGAUUGCAAGCAUAUUCUUGGCUACGAGAACCAAUCAGAACAGCAGUGCGGAAAUCAUCUCUUUGGCGACAGGGAACAAGGGUCUCAGAGGGGACUGUCUAAGUCUACAUGGUUGCAGCGUGAAUGAGCCAUGCGGAGGUUAUCGCACGAAGAACAUUGUUGCGGUUUCUGUAUGCUCAAGUCUUGCUGUACGCAAAAGAUCCUCAAUCUUCGUGAAAAAUAACAGCCCUGGAAAGCUUGCAUUGCGAAAGGGCCUCUCUUUCCACAUGUUUGUCAAUACUGCCCCAUGUGAAGAUGCCCGCGUUUACUCCCUGAAUGAUGUGACUCUUGCCAAUGCAAAAGAAGCCGAAACCAAAAGAUUUCUUCGUUCAAAGUGGAGAAUGGUAUGGGUACCGUACUGGGUACCCCAAAACACUCUACCCCAGACUAUCGAUGGUGUUAUGGGAGGAAAGCGAGGACUGCUUUCUCUAUUCACUGACGAUCUACCUCUCUUCUCUGGCAGUCGCUGCAAGUCUGAUACGAAACGCCUAGAAAGAGCGCUCUAUCAACGUAUUGACGGUUUCAAGCCAACAGCUUUUUUUCAACUAAACAAACCGCUCAUCGGAAAAUGCCAGGAUGAACCGAAUACUCGCGAAGUUACUACGAGUUUGCCAAUAUCUAUCAACUGGAAUCUUGCUGAUAACUUAGUGGAGGAUCACUUGCUUGGUUUCAAUCAUGUGAAGGAAAAGUUGUGAUGUUUUGAAGCCCCAACCUUCAAUCCAACACAAUUAAGUAGCAUGCAUCAUCAAGAGAAAUUUGAGGUCACAGAGCAAGGUUAUUAUUACUAUGCUUCUUUACAAACUCUUAUAUACAUACUCUUACUCUUGAUCUCUUGCAGAUCUUUACUAUAAUCUCUAUAAUCUCUAUAUUUGUGUUUUUGGUGCAUACUUGUUCUGUUUUUGGUGAAUGAAUAAUUUUUU